AUGGCGACUAUCCCGGUAAAGCGCGGCCAGGUCUGUGACAACUGCCGAUUCCGCAAGGUCAAGUGUGAUCGCGGCCUGCCCUGUAAGAACUGUCACAUCGGAGACCUCCGUUGCCAGUAUCGCCACAGCAUUCGGAGGAAGGGCCCAAAGCAGGGUCAAGGGAGACGGCAGACGCAGCUGAGACAGGGUCUGGGCAUUGAUGAGUAUCAGUUCCAGAUACUCACCUCUGAAGCGCCGCCUGGAUCAACCAGCAACGCCAACGCCAGCAGCACUCAAGAUGCCCCAACAGACGCUCAACUCAACGCUCAGUCAUUCUCAUCUCCACCGACAAACAUCGACCCUGUUUCACAACCAGAGCCAGAACCGGAAUCAGAUUCGACAACACCACCCAAUGACGAAACUAUCAAUACCGGAGACCUCUGCAAACGCAUGUCUCUAUCACUCGUUGCUCACAUACGACUCUUCCAGAGAUUUCUCUACCCUAUCAUGCCAGUCGUCGACGACGAUAUCCUCGCCGAUGCAGCUCGACUAGAUGACCUCCCGCCAUCGAGAUACGCUCUAAUCCUUGCAAUAUGUGCUGCAACAAGAAUGCAACUCCGACUGGACAAGCGGAUCGACAACUGCGAGAAUGAUCUUAAUGCUGAGAUCCCAUCCGAGCCACGCUUGACAGGAGACAUGCUCGUCAAUCUUGCUGAGAACUCACUCCGCCAAUACAGCGUGAUAGAUGAUACCACCCUCGACUCAGUACUCGUCUCCUUCUUCCUAUUUGCAAGCUAUGGGAAUCUCAACGAUCCGCGUCACGCCUGGUUCUAUCUCAACCAGAGCAUCACCCUCGCGCAGUCACUUGACCUGACAAAAGAGUCUGGCUACUAUGGUCUACCUGCUGAGCAACGUGAGAAGAGACGACGCGUCUUUUGGCUUCUCUUUGUUACAGAAAGAACCUUUGCCCUCCAGCACAGAAGAUCCGUCAUGCUCCGAAGCACAGUCAACAAGCCUCAGAUCGUCGACUCAAAUUGCCCGGUAGUGAUGCACGAUUUUAUAAAUCACAUUCGUCUCUUCGAAUCCCUUCCAUAUUCUCUGUACGAAUGGCAGCCCGAGGGUGACGAUCAACGCUUCGACGACUUGAAGCUUGUACAUACCAUAAACGAGAAGCUCUGCAGCGUGCAGCCAGACCAGUCGAUUAUUGAGAGCCAACGGUUCGAUACACUCAUCACUCAGCAGUGGCUUCGGAUAUCCAUGUGGAGGAUCGCCUUUGGUCAGAAUCCUUCGUCGGCGUCUGGCUUUGGACUGCUUCUCCCGCCCUCGCUUCCAAUGGAUGCAGGAAAGAUCAUCAUGUCGGCCUUGGGGUCUGUUGGAACCAAAUCAAAAGACUGCCAUGGCAUCGGAAUGGAACAAAAGCUCUUUGACGUCGGCGUCAGUCUCGCAGAUACCGCUCAACUCCCCGGCUGGACAUAUUCUGCACUCGAGAAUGGCCCUCGUGACUUACUCUCCGUCGUGAUUCAUGCUCUAUCAGCCGUUCGAGGUGCUCAAUCUCACUUAUUGCCCAAUCUUCUCAAGCACUCGGAGACAUUAUUCGCUCUUGCAGAUCCCAACGCGCAUCUCGAUCUCCAAUGGGAUAUGCAAGAUGCAGGAAAUGAUGAGAGGCUAGCAAUUGUUGAGGAGUUAUCGCCCGAAGAUGAACAACCCGUGGAUCCGUUGGGUUGGGUUCCAGAUGGAAAUCUCGAUCUGCUGGACUUGAGUACGCCCGUGGUGACGACGACUUGGGAGGAUGCGACGAUAUCGUGUGGACAAUUUGAUCCCGAGAUUGGACUUUCUUUUAACUGA